AAUGCAGCGAUGCCAGUGCAGCACCGACCCAGUGUCCUCCGGGAUACUUCACCGACAUUGAUGGGGCCACGUCGUGCUCAGCUUGUGCAGAUGGCUACUACAACACCAUCAAUGGCUCCACUACCUGCACUGUCUGCCCUUCCAACAAUAAAUGCCCCAUCAAGAGCAGCAACCCUGUGGCUUGUGAAGGGGGCUUUUAUGCUCCGGAAGGGUCAACCGUGUGCUACAACUGUCCCGCCGGUACGGCCUGUGGAGGUGACUCGGACCCUGGACUGUGCCUGAUUGGCCAGUACUCCAACGGGACCCACUGCGUCCCCUGUCCCCUGGGCUACUACUGCCCUUCCCCCGUGGGCACCCCUGAGAUCUGCCCCGGGGGUUCCUACCAGGACCAGGAGGGCCAGGCUCGGUGCCUACCCUGCCCAGCUGGCCAGUCGUGCCUCUCUCAGGCAGACUCGCCAGUCAGCUGUGAGGCGGGGUACUACAGUCUGGUUGGCCAGCAAGUUUGCACGGAAUGUCCCACUGGUCUGUGGAGCGACUCUGGUGCCUCCUCUUGUAGUCUGUGCCCGGCCGGCCAGACCUGCCUGAAUGGAUCUUUCUCCAUUGCACCGGUAGACUGUGACGCUGGAUACUAUGCGGCCAGGGGCGACGGCGCCUGCUCUGUUUGUCCCCUCGGUACGUACAGUUCAGCCGGCGCCUCUGUUUGCAUGGCUUGCCCAGCCGGCAGUGUCUGCACCGAUCCCAGUGCGAGCCCCGUCCCAUGCGACACCGGCACUUGGAGUGGAAUAGGAGAGGCUGUUGCUUGCGAGGACUGCCCCGCCGGCUACUACUGCAGCGAUGCCUCCCAACCCCCCACUGUCUGCCCCUUUGGUACCUACUCCGAGGCCCGGCAGGACUCGUGCGAGUCUUGCCCGGCCGGUCAAUCCUGCUUGAACCCCGGCGAGACCCCGCAGAACUGCGACUCGGGAACCUACAGCCCGCUGGGCAAUGCGGUCUGUCUGCAGUGCCCUGCGGGCUCCUCUUGCACCAACUCUUCCACGGCCGAGUGCUCGGAGGGCCAGUACAGUCUUGGCGGCGACUCGGCCUGCCAUGAUUGCCCCGCGGGCUCGGCCUGCCCGGUCAAGACCCAGGGCCCCGUGGCCUGUGCCGACGGCCAGCACACGGAUGGCCUGGGAGCUCAGACUGCAUGCCAGGACUGUGCUGCUGGAAUGUACUGCUCCGACCCAGCGACUGCCCCGCAGGCUUGCGGGGCCGGCACCUACAGCCUGGCCAAGGCCACCUCCUGCACCGACUGCCCAAGUGGCUUCCAAUGCCCAACUACCAACCAGGCGCCCACGGUCUGCCUGCCGGGUUACUACUCCGCCGGACAAACAACCAACUGCACGGCCUGCCCGGCUGGGUAUGCGUGCCCAUCUCAGACCGACCCGUCAGCUAUGUUCGAGUGUCUGCCCGGCACGUAUUCGCUGGGCGCCCAGUCUUCGUGCACAUCCUGCGCCCCCGGCAAGUUCUGCCCAGACACGGACUCUGAUGCCAGCAACGGCGAUUGCGCAGCUGGCCAUUACUCCUUCACUGCCUUCGCUCGCUGCACCAGCUGCCUGAGCGGCUGGAAAUGCCCAUCCACGGACGGCAGCGGCAAUGCUCGCUGCAUAGCGGGGACAUACUCCACGGGGAAUGCCACCAGCUGCACAGAAUGCCCAGCGGGAUACGAGUGUCCGAGGACAGACAGCGAUAGUCAGGUGCCUUGCAGUGCUGGCUACUACUCUGAUGGUCUGCAGGAGUCUUGUACGGCCUGUUCCCCGGGCUAUGAGUGCCCCGACACCAGUGAUUCGAACCAGAAUGCCCAGUGCCAGGCCGGCUUUUACUCCGUGGGGGCCCAGCAGGCCUGCACGCAGUGCCCGGCCGGCUUUGCUUGCCCCUCUGUCUACAGCAGCUUCGCCAUCACCUGCUACGCGGGCUCUUACGCCCUGCCCGGCUCCACGAGCUGUACGGAGUGUCCUGCAGGCCAGUUCUGUAAUGACACCAUGACCUCCCCAGAAAACUGUGCCACUGGCUACUACAGUUUGGGUGGCCAGGUAGCCUGCACUCCAUGCCCACCAGGCUACUACUGCCCACAGACUGACAGCGGGCCCAUCAUUUGCCCAGCGGGGACCUACACUAACCAGUCCAUGACGGAGUGUCUGGACUGCGACCCAGGCUAUGCCUGUCCCGAGGGCAGCCAAAGCCGCAACCCCACCGACGGAAUCUGUCCGCAAGGUUAUUACUGCGAAGAUGGCACCACACUGUCAGUGUGUCCGGCUGGUACUUACGGGAACAUGUCUGGCGCGACGUCUGCUACCGAAGGCUGUGCCAUGUGUCCCCCAGGUUACUUCUGUCCAGCCGUUCCCGUGGUUGGUACCCCAGGCCCGGAAUACCAGUGUCCUCGUGGCUACUACUGCCCGGCAGGGACCACCUACGCGACGGAGUACGGUUGUGAUGGCGGCACGUACGGCAUCAAGCUUAUGGCCGACAAGCCGGAGGAUUGUGUUGCUUGCCCUGCUGGAAGAUACUGCCCUCUAGGGUGCAGUGAUCCCCUCGUGUGUCUCAGGGGUCACUACUGCCCCGCGCAUACCCAGAACUAUGCGGACAAUCCUUGUCCCGCUGGGACCUUCACCGAAGAGUCAGGAGCCUCCGCCGUGGAGUACUGCAAGACCUGCCCGGAGGGCCACUACUGCGCAUCGGGGAUCGACACGCCGACGCCUUGCCCCCAGGGCACCUUCAACCCAGAUACCGGGCAAGACACGGUGGAGGAUUGUGACACCUGCACGGCCGGGUUUGCCUGCACCCAGCUGGGGCUGACGGAGCCCGACUCUCAUUGCCAGCCUGGGUACUACUGUCCGUCAGGCUCAGAUUCGCCCAAUGCCAAUGCCAAUGCCUGUCCAGCUGGCUCCUACACCGACUACCACAACCUGACAGCUGCGUUCCAGUGCGACACUUGCCCCGAACAGUUUGCCUGCUUGAUCGGUACUGGUGGUCAGAACCAGCCCCCGGAGCUUUGCGCCCAGGGCCACUACUGCCCAGCUGGCACCCAGAACCCCAGCCAGUACCCCUGCGCUGCGGGCUCCUGGACCAACCAGACCAACCUGGCCGCUCAGGAGGAGUGCUACGAAUGCCCCCGCGGCUGGUACUGCCUGGAAGGCUCCACGGCACCCACGGACACGUGCGCCACUGGCCAUUACUGCCCUGCAGGUACUCAGACAGCAACACAGUUCCCUUGCCAUGCUGGCUCCUACUCCAACGACCGGGGUAACAUCCGCUGGGAGCAGUGUGAGGACUGUACCGUGGGCAACUACUGCCCAGAAGGUUCAUCGCUGCCAACGGCUUGCCCAGCCGGGACCUAUAGAGAUCAAUUGGAGGGUCAGGCAGUGACAGACUGCUCAGACUGCACUGCGGGCCACUACUGCCCUGGGGAAGGCAACACUGAACCCCUGGAGUGCGGAAGGGGUAACUACUCGGAUACUGGCGCAGCUGCCUGCACUACUUGUGAGGCAGGCUACUACUGCGACAGCACCACCACCAGCCGCGACGUCAUGUACAGCGACAAGAUCUGCCCGGCUGGCAUGACAUGCGACUAUGGCCGCACAACGGCGCCGGACCUAGAGAACGACUUCUGCAGGACGGGCCACUACUGCCUAAGCGGUGACAAGGACCCUUUCCCGCGCCCCUGCCCCAAUGGAACCUACAGCGACGAGGUGGGUCUGAUCCAGGAGUCGCAGUGCCAGACCUGCCCGGCUGGUAAAUGGUGCUCUCCACCUGGUCUUAGCGCUCCGGCUGACGAUUGCCCCGGGGGUCACUACUGCCCGGAGGGGACAGCGGACCCUUACGCCAACCCCUGCCCCGUGGGUUACUACUUGAAUGCCAGCGCUGGGGAGGACUCGCAGGGGUGCACGCCCUGCAUCUCGGGCUACUACUGCGACGAGAGGGGCUUGGCCUGGCCCAAGGAGUGCAUCCAGGGCUACUUCUGCGUGUCCGGCAGCACGUUUCCUCAGCCUUGCCCGGCUGGCACCUACGGCAAUACCACCGGUCUGCGCCGCAGUGAAGACUGCUCCCCGUGUCCAGGGGGCUGGUACUGCGACGGGUUUGCCAACACGGAGCCCACGGACGUCUGUGAUCCUGGUUUCUACUGCAAGGAGAAGGCCUACACCUCGGCUCCGGUGGAUGGAGUGACCGGUGGCUUGUGCCCACCGGGCGGCUACUGUCCGGCGGGCUCGGCCUGGCCGGCCAACUGCCCCCUUGGCACCUACAGCAACUCGUCUGGUUCCAAGACCCCUGACGACUGUAUCGCUUGUGACCCAGGGUACUACUGUGCCGGUGACAACAAUCCGGAGCCGACGGGGCCCUGCAAGCCGGGCUACUACUGCACGGGAGGCGCUGGUACCCCGACUCAGUUUGCCGUCCCGGCUGGCCACUACAGCAACUCUGGAGCUUACAAGCCGGAGCCAUGCCCGCAGGGACAGUUCCAAACCGCCAAUGCGUCGUCAGCAUGCGCACCUUGCGCCCAGGGUUAUUACUGUCCCAACUUUGGCACCAUCGUGCCGUCCACCUGCUUGGCAGGCCACUACUGUGAACAGCAGACGAUCAUACCAACUCCAUGCCCAGUGGGGACUACAAGGUUAGAGGAAGGUGGCCAGAGUGAGGAGUCGGCCUGCAUCAGCUGCACACCGGGCUAUUUUUGCAAUGACACAGCCCUGACGUUGCCCUCGGGACCCUGCGCGGCCGGCCACUACUGCUCCGGCGGAACCGUCACUCCGUUCCCUAUGGGCAACGGCACAGAUAACGGCGACAUGUGCCCCAAGGGUUUCUACUGCAUGGAGGGGACGGCCAACCCCUACCUCACCCCAUGCUUCAAUGGCACCUACGGCAACAUCACUGGGCUGACUGCGCAGGACGACUGCCUGGACUGUCCGCCAGGGGAGGUGUGCUCCGGGCUAGGCCUGAUGGCACCCAACGAGCUCUGCGCUGCCGGCUACUAUUGCAAAGGCAAGGCAAAGAUCAGGCACCCGACGGACGAUGUGACGGGUAACAUCUGCCCUGAGGGUUUCUACUGCCCGGAAGGCUCCCCAGCGCCAAUGCGCUGCGAGGGCGGUUACUACACCAACAUCACCGGACAGGCCAGCUGCUUCGAUUGCCCUGCCGGGUACUACUGCCCUGAUGGCUACCGCCUCCUGGAGUGCCCCCGGGGUGACUACUGCCUCAGGAACACCGGCGGCAAUGAGUCCCUGCCUUGUCCGCGGGGCUUCUAUAACCCGGACCUAGGGCUGGCCAGCGAGAGCCAGUGCCUGCCUUGCAAAGCCGGCUUCUACUGCCGCGGGCUGGGCAUUUGGCAGUUCAACAGCGAGACGGUGCUGGAGGAAACCGCGGGGCCCUGUGAUCCAGGCUACUAUUGCCUGUCAGGCGUGGACCUCCCCAACCCGGAGAACGAGACGGCCCUGGGCAUCGGCGGACCCUGCCCCCGGGGGUUCUGGUGCCCUCAGGAGACCUCGGUGCCCAACCCCUGCCCACUAGGCACCUACUCGGACCAGCAGUACUUGACGGCGAUAGGCGAGUGCAAGGCCUGUGAUCUGGGUAUGUACUGCAGCAAGGAGAACCUUACCGCACCUGAGGGGGUGUGCUCGCCGGGCUUCUACUGCCUGAAUGGGUCUGCCACACCAACCCCCACUGGAAGCGGCAACACCGGUGGCCCCUGCCCCACCAGGCACUACUGCGACGGCAUCUCCCCGGUACCCCAGGAGUGCCCCGAAGGGACCUGGAAUAAUCUGGAGCAGCAGGCCUCGUGCUUCGAUUGCCCCGAGGGCUACUACUGCCCCAAGGGCGUGGCCAGCUACAACCCUUACCCCUGCCCGGCCGGCCACUUCUGCCCCAACGGCACCCAAUUUGACACUCAGUACCCGUGCCCCAGGGGCACCUACCGCCCCAACACCAAGGGCAUGAGCCUGUCGGACUGCACCGCUUGCGACCCGGGCAAGUACUGUCAGUUUGAGGGUGCCACCUCCUACACCAACAGCUGUGACCCAGGCUACUUCUGCAUCCGAGGCGCCUGGACCGCCCAGCCAGACGACUUCAGCAACUACACGGACGGUGACUGCCUCUGCCCCAGCAUUGCCACCGGAGGGCGCUGCCAGCCAGGCUACUACUGUCCCCAGGGGUCCAGCGAACCACAGGAGUGCACCGAGGGCAACUACUGCGGAACUGACGGUCUGGAGGAUGUGUCCGGCCCCUGCUUGCCUGGCUACUACUGCGACGUCACGGCUUCCAGAGAAGACCCGACAGAUGGGGUCACCGGGAACGUUUGCCCCGCCGGCCGCUACUGUGAGUCUGGGACAGGAGCGAACCCACCCAACUGCCCGACUGGAACGUUCUCCAAUGCCACGGGAUUAACGGCACUGUCUGAGUGUGACGAUUGCACCGCUGGGUAUUACUGCGAGACACCAGGGCUUACUCGGCCUACCGGACCUUGCCAGGAAGGUUACUAUUGCCCCAGCGGUCAGGACAUCAAAAACCCCAUGGCCUGCGAUGCUGGUUAUUACUGCGAGGAGGGCUCCCCCGAGCAGGUGGAGUGCCCGUCAGGGACGUACCAGGACGAGAGCACCCAGAGUUCCUGCAAGAUCUGCAAUGCAGGCUACUAUUGCAACGUGGCAGACGCCCCCAUCAGUGACUACACCCUCUACCCCUGUCCCAUCGGCUACUACUGUCCCAACGGCACGGAGUACAGCACCCAAUACGGCUGUGCUCUGGGCACGUACGGCAACGCUACCAUGCUGGAACGGCAGGAUCAGUGCCUUGACUGCCCUGCCGGCAAGUACUGCGACGAGCUGGGAUUGUCCAGUUACAAAGGUGACUGUGCUGCAGGAUUUUGGUGCAUUGGUGGUUCCUCUACCCAAACUCCUACUGAUGGAACUACUGGUGUGGAGUGCCCCAGGGGUCAAUACUGCAAAGCAGGCGUCGUCUAUCCCGAGGACUGUCCCAUCGGCACCUUGUCAGACAGCGGAGGACUGAAAUCCAUCAGUGGGUGUGAGCCGUGCACCGGGGGCAGUUACUGCAAUGGCACAGGGCUGACGCAGCCCAGCGGGCCCUGUGACCCAGGUUAUUACUGCCUGACCAAUGCGACCACUCCCACCCCAGAGGACGGGGGAGUGACCGGUGAUCCCUGCACAGCUGGUCACUACUGCCCUGGUGAGACCACCUCUCCCAUCCCCUGCGAGCCGGGCAGCUACACCACCACCACUCACCGUAGCGAGUGCGAUGAGUGUCCGGAGGGCUCGUACUGCGUCACGGGCUACGAUCCGGAACCCUGCCCCCACGGUUUCUACUGUCCGAAUGGCACCGGUUACGACUGGCGCCCGUGCCCCACUGGCUCCUACAGCAACCAGAUCGGCCUGAAGGAAGAGUCGGAGUGCACGCUCUGCGACCCCUCCAAGUUCUGCGCAUACAUCAACGCUACCAUGGUGACCGGGAACUGUGCCGCGGGCUACUUCUGCACGGAGGGCUCCGACACGGCCACGCCUGAGGUCACGUUCAAAGGGGUGGCCGGAGUCUGCCCUGAAGGUUCCUACUGUGAGGAAGGUACUGCCACUCCAUCCCCGUGCCCUCGUGGGACAUUUGGCAACAAGACCAAGCUGAAGGCUGAGAGCGAGUGUACGCAGUGUCUGUACGGCAUGUACUGCGACGCGGAGGGCCUGACCUGGCCACAGGGCGAAUGCGAUCCGGGCUUCUACUGCCUGAGGGGUUCGCAGGAUGCAAAUAACCCCAGCGAGGACGCCACGGGCGGGCCGUGCCCGGCGGGACACUACUGCCCCCGUGGCACUUCCUUCCCGCUGGGCUGUCUCUCAGGAACCUACAAUCCGCUACGCGGCCAGUCGGAGUGCCUAGACUGUGAGGCAGGAUUCUGGUGUCCAGAAAACUCUACGGCCGCUGACCAGCCCUGCCCGAGGGGUCAUUAUUGUCCCAACGGGACGGCGUAUGCCACCCAGUACCCCUGCCCCAAGGGUUACUACAACGACUUUGAGCAGAAGUCUCAAUUGGAUGAUUGCAAGCCGUGUGAACCUGGUUACUAUUGUGCCAGUCCCGGCCGUGAAGCCGUCACCGACGAGUGCGCCCCGGGCUGGUACUGCAUCCGCGGCGCCUGGUCGGACAAGCCCACCGACUACGGCUACGGCAACAUCUCCACCAACUGCUUCUGCCCGGGCAACUCCACGGGCGGCCAGUGCCAGCCGGGUGAGUUCUGUCCGCGGGGCUCCAACUACCCGACACCAUGCACCAGGGGUUAUUACUGCGACUCUGCCGGCCAGCACAACGAGACAGACCUCUGUGACGAGGGUUACUACUGCACAGAGGGCGCUUGGCGACCUGACCCCACGGAUGGCGUGACUGGCGACCUGUGCCCCACGGGCCACUACUGCCCCCGCGGCACCUAUGAUCCGGUGCCCUGCCCGGCUGGUUACUUCAGUAAUGCCACAGGGGGAACGGCAUUCGAGGACUGUAAACUCUGCUCUCCAGGCUUCUACUGUGAGGAUAGUGGUCUGGACGAGCCCACGGCACCCUGCGAGGCGGGCUUCUACUGCCCCGAGGGGCAGAACGUCAGCCGGCCCGCCCUGUACCAGUGCUCGCCGGGCCACUACUGCCCACCUCAGAGCAUUGACCAGUUGGGUUGCGAGUCUGGCACCUACCAGGACGAAUGGGGAAUGGUAAAAGAGACGACCUUUCUGUUUACUUAG